AUGAUCUCCAACACUGCAGCUAGUACCGUCUACCGGUCUUCUUCUAUUUAUAACACUGACUCAUCUUCUUUGCUGGAAACGCAGAGUUCUCGCGAUUCAAUACUUGAAAAAUCAAAGCAAUCUUCUGAAAAAAGCUCAUUUUCUAGUGCAAAUUCUGAGGAUCUUGCAAAAGCCAAAGAAAGCAAAAUCUGUUACAUCUGCAAUAAGGGGUUUAUGCUGAAGCGAAAAUUCAUUUGCAAAAAAUGUUUAAACGCUGUCUGUGCAGACCACUCCAAAGAAAAAGCUAAUGGCGAGAAAACUUAUAGAGUAUGCGACCAAUGUGACAAUGAAGCUACCAAAAAAGAAAUAAAACUCGAAAUUGAAGACGAAAUUUCAAAAAUGAGUGAAGAGUUACAAAUGGCCAAAGCCGCAAAUGAAAGGCUGAAUCGUGAAUAUUUUGAUAAAACUGCAGCAGUGAACAUGCUAGAGAUGGAAAUCGAAGGUGCCGAGAUCGAGCACAAAGAAAAAAUCGAGUUGACACAGAAACUCCUCAAAGAGCAGCAAUGAAAGAAAAAUACACUCUCAGCUGAGCUUGAAAAAUUACGCAAAGCAGUCGAGUCUUCUAAAGAAGCCGAAAAAAACCUCUCAGAAAAAUGCGUGAAAUCUGAAGCUGACUUAGAAGAGCUCCCCGUUGAAGCCGGAACGCUAUAUUUGUACCCUGCCUGGCGCAACAAAGUGGAUCGAUCCAGAGAUCCAUGGGCCUGACACGUGGAUAAAUAUGGUGGCAGUUCUUGAAACGGCUACCCCAUAGUGGACGUUAAACGUUAUAAAUUAAAUAAGAUAAGACUUAGAAGAGCUCAGAGCUCAAGCCAUCACAAUUCAUACAACCACUGAAGAAAUGAAGAACGAAAUUGAAAAAAUUAAUUUGAGAAUUCGAAAUAGCAUGAAUUUAGAAGAAGUAAGUAAGCUGUUAUGUGUGAGAUGUAAAGAUAAAGUAAAUGUUGCGUAUCAGAAUAGAGUAGAUGAUCCAAGCCUUGAUGAUCCAACACAAAGUACAUUGAGUUUGCCUGAAAGAAGAUCAAUUAUUGAUGAUGUAAGAGAUAUGAGAAAUUCGCUGGAAAAUGGCCGAACCCCUAAGAAGUGCUUAUUAAUGUAA